AUGAGCGUCCCCUUCGGAUGGGAAGCAGCUCCCGGCGUGCCGAAGCAGGCCGGCGGCGGGCAAGGCCCCGAGGAGGCUUUCCAAGUGCCGAAUCCACCGCCGGGAAGAUGGGCUCCGCCGGUGGAGGACGCUGCCAGCUGCUCGUUCUCCGGCGCAGAGGACGAAAUUAUCUCGCCCGAUACAAGCAUCGGGUGCAAUUCGAGAAGUGUCAGCGUGUUCGAAGAGCUCGAUCCAGUCGGCGGCGACGAUGAACCAGGGUGCUCGCCGUCGCCAGGUUUCAUGAUCCGUCGCUUUCUCCCCGCCGCCGAAGCUCUCGCCGCCGCCUUCGCCCCACCAAGGAGAGCCCACCCAUUGUCGCCCUCGGCCACGGACUUGUACCCUUUGAAAUUUAAGAACCGUCGGAGUCUCCUGAGAGAAGACGACGCAGACGAUGGCUCCGGCCCGAUAGAAUCUCCGGGAUGGGGACUGGGUUUUCUUGGCGGCUCCCCGGGAGGGGUACCCGAAAGCGGCAGCGGCGGCAGCGGCGGCAGCGGCGGGAAGAGCCCAGGGGGGGAGGCGGCGAGGUGGACCUUACCUCCCCUUCGUUCGCCUUCCGAGCCAUGGCUCUGCGGGGUGCUUCAGAAACAGACCGGGGCACACGAGGGUCGGCGUCGCCAGAUUAAAAGGUGUAUCCUUUACUUAUGA